AUGUUAAAUCAAUUCCGUUCUAGAACAAAUUGUGAAACAGAAGCUAAGUUUAUACAAAGUCGCAUUCAGUCUGUAGAAAAGUAUCUGGCGGACUUCUGUAAUAUAUUUUCGUUAUAUUCCCGCAAAGCUGCUCGUUUACGAGACGAAAGGGAUGAAAUAGCCAAAAUUUCUUUAAAUAUAGCAGAAAAUGAAACCAUUAAUAAAUCUUUGUCAGUUGGCCUAGAAAAUUUCGCCGAUUGUAUGUCACAAAUAAGCGAUUACGAAGAUGUAAGAGUUCAAGGCAUCGAUAUUAAGGUGGUGAGCCAGUUUAUGAAGUACGAAAAUAUUUGCAAACAGGCGAAAGAUGAAGUUAAAGAUAUCUAUACAGCUAGAGAUAAGGAGGUAUCCAAGAAAAGGUAUUUGGACAGAAUAAGGGAAAGGAACCCAAGAAAUAGACAACAAAUUAUUCAAGCUGAAACUGAACUGGUAAAAGCCACUGCUGAAGUAUCAAAGUCCAUCCAGAUACUAGAAGAAAAGACAAAUACCUUUGAAAAGCAAAAACUGCACGAUAUUAAAGCUAUUCUCUUAGAUUUUAUGUUUACGGAAAUAGGGUACCAUGCUAAAUGUUUGGAGAUUUUGACGAAAGGAUAUAAUGAUGUUCAAGCUAUAAACGAAGAGACAGAUUUAGAGGAAUUUAAAAAGUCCCUACGAAUUCCGAAUCAAACCCAAGAAAAAACAUUUGCGAAAAGCUCAAUAUUUAGAUCAACGGGAUCGUUAGGUUCUUUAGGCGCUCUGUUUUCUUCGAAUCAGAAUAGAAAGGCGCCAGGUAUUCCGAAUGCUGGUGAUAAGAUGUACAAAAGUGAAGAAACGUUGGAUUCCAUUAAACAUAGUAUUUCAGACAGUGAGGAAGAAUCCGAUAGCAAAAGUGUCGACACUUUGAGUAGUUCUAGUGAGGAGAAGCAGUCCCCUACUGUUGUACGAGUUAGGAAAUAA